GUGUUUUGUGUGUCAACGUACGAGGCUUGCCACACCGGUCUUCGCUGGUUGUUGCUUUUACAAAUUGAUUCAUUUGAAGACCGCAAAUCAUGGCUGGCUUCAGGCAGGAGGAUGUGGAGCUGUGCUAUGAAAUGAAAGAGGAGUUAGGAAGUGGGCAGUUUGCCAUUGUGCGUAAAUGUAAAGAAAAGAGCACCAGAACCGAAUAUGCCGCCAAGUUUAUCAAGAAGAGACGCCUGUCAUCCAGCCGACGAGGCGUGAGCCGAGAGGAGAUUGAGCGAGAGGUGAACAUCCUUCGAGAGAUCCAACACAGCAACAUCAUCACCCUCCAUGACAUUUUUGAGAACAAGACUGACGUGAUCCUGAUUCUGGAGCUGGUGUCUGGAGGGGAGCUGUUUGACUUCCUGGCUGAGAAGGAGUCACUGACUGAGGAGGAGGCCACACAGUUCCUCAAGCAGAUCCUGGAUGGAGUUCACUACCUCCACUCGAAACGCAUAGCACACUUUGACUUGAAGCCUGAGAACAUAAUGCUGCUGGAUAAAAAUGUGCCGAACCCCAGAAUCAAGCUGAUAGAUUUUGGAAUUGCUCAUCAGAUUAAGGAUGGAAAUGAAUUUAAAAACAUCUUUGGAACUCCUGAGUUUGUUGCACCGGAAAUUGUUAAUUAUGAGCCUCUUGGCCUGGAGGCAGAUAUGUGGAGCAUUGGAGUUAUCACAUAUAUACUCUUGAGUGGCGCUUCUCCGUUUCUUGGCGAGACCAAACAAGAAACACUUACCAACAUUUCAGCUGUCAACUAUGACUUUGAUGAAGAGUACUUCAGUAAUACAAGUGAGCUCGCCAAGGACUUCAUUCGCCGACUGCUGGUCAAGGAUCCUAAGUUAGUAACAGCCAGUGUUGUUACUAAAGCUAUUAAAGUUAUGUAA